CAAACAGCCGCUGAAUAAUUUGAUCACUCUCUGUUGCUGAAAGAAAAACCUCAGAAAGUGUGAGAUUUUCAUUGCAUCCAUACGUGCUGUUUCUGUGUUCCCGUUUCAAUCGCGGAAAACUUAAAAAACAGCAUACUAAUUGCGCAGUGCCUGUCGCAGUUCUAAAAUGGCUCAGAGUAAGCUGAACGAUUUGGCCGGAAAAUUCGGCAAGGGCGGUCCGCCCGGAUUGGCGACCGGUUUAAAGCUGCUGGCGGCUGUCGGUGCCGCUGCCUACGGUAUCAACAAUUCCAUGUUCACAGUUGAGGGUGGUCACCGUGCAAUCAUGUUCAACCGUAUCGGUGGUGUUGGUGACGAUAUCUACAGUGAAGGUCUGCAUUUCCGAGUUCCAUGGUUCCAGUACCCUAUCGUGUACGAUAUCCGUUCGCGCCCCAGAAAAAUCUCGUCUCCCACUGGUUCGAAAGAUUUACAGAUGGUGAACAUUUCUUUGCGAGUGCUUUCUCGCCCAGACGCCCUCCGGUUGCCAAUCAUGUACCGUCAGCUGGGAUUGGAUUACGACGAGAAGGUCCUGCCAUCGAUUUGCAACGAAGUGCUGAAGAGUGUGGUGGCCAAGUUCAAUGCCUCACAGCUGAUCACCCAGCGUCAGCAGGUUUCGUUGCUGAUCCGCCGGGAAUUGGUCGAGCGCGCGAAGGAUUUCAACAUCAUUCUGGAUGACGUUUCGCUGACCGAGCUGAGCUUCGGCAAGGAAUAUACGGCCGCCGUCGAAAGCAAACAGGUUGCCCAGCAGGAGGCCCAGAGGGCGGCUUUCCUCGUAGAGCGCGCCAAGCAGGAACGUCAGCAGAAAAUCGUGCAGGCUGAGGGAGAAGCCGAGGCCGCGAAAAUGUUGGGUCUGGCCGUUAGUCAAAAUCCCGGCUACCUGAAGCUGAGGAAGAUCCGUGCCGCACAGAACGUUGCCCGAACGAUUGCAAACUCGCAGAACCGUGUCUACCUCUCCGCCAACAGUCUGAUGCUGAACAUUUCGGAUGCCGAGUUCGACGAUAUGUCCAAGAAAGUUUCAACCGAUGUAAAACCGGAGCACUCGGGUCUAUUGGGAACAUUGCUAGAUAAGUAAGUCAUCACCCAGUUAGCGUGUAUAGUGUACAAUCUGUACUGCCUUUCGAGAGAGGAAAUCCGAUCGUCUUCGACAUUCGUGAACGCGGCGGCGACCGUAAACUAGUUGAUUAUUAUGUUCGGUUUCGUUCCGUACGUCCGUUGUUUGCAAGCGAACUGAGAGAUAAUAAGGGCAGAUCAAUACGGUGGGCAGAGCAGAAUCGCAAUAGAGUAAACCAUUUUCGGCGAUCACCCAAGCAUUUCGUUAGUAGUUAAGUCUAUAUUCCAAAAUAAAUGCUCUCGCGCAGAUGCUGUUUUAAACGGAAA